GUUUUAAACAGCCACAUUAUCAUUCUUAUUAUCAUUGCUCGAAAUAUUAUUUUGAAAACACAUGGAAUAAUAAUAAAAAUGCACUGUGCUGUUGUUGUUUUCAAACUGUUUGGUGGAUAUUGAACGGUGUGUUACAUUGCUGCUGGUAGAAUAUAUCAAAAUACCAUGUUAAUCAACGUGGGCAUCUAAGCGGAUUGUCACGUGUACUCUGGUGUAAGAGUGAACAUUAACAAUGUCUGCAAUGCAAUUGAAAACCAAAAUCGACUUUUUUGAUGACGAAGAGGAGGAGGAGAAGGAGCAGACCACCGUUCCGGAAGUGUCGUCAUCAAAACCGGAAGACGACGUCCGCGAAGAGGAGGAGGAAAAGCCGUUUGUGCGGUUCCGGCGCGUGGCGCGAGCUGUCAAGCUUCUCAUCCAGGUCUGCCACGUCUGUAAAGGAUUACUGGCGGACUCUGUGUCCCAGGAGGCCUGGUUCGCGCUUGUGGACAAUAUAGCGGCAGCCAACGCCCUAACCAACGACAAGAAGAAGGGGCGGGCUUUUGUCACGUUCGUCCCCAACGAGAACCAGGAACUCGAACAGCUCAGUUUCGAUGUUACCGAAUACAUGAGACACAAGAAGGCAGAGGAUUAUCUGACAGAUGAAAUUAGAAAAAUAAUGAAACAGAGACCUGGGACUCGCACAGAGGAUCAGCUUGUUGAGGUUGUGCGCUGCAUGAAGAACAUCAGCAAGGCCUUCAACGAGUACCCGCUCUCCAUACAGAAGGAGAUCUGCCAGAAAGCCUUCUACGACCAGUACGGCCGCAAUCGGGUAAUCCUGCGACGCGGGCUGGCGCCGGACGGGAUCUACUUCCUGUUAUCAGGCGAACUGGUAGAGAAGCCAGAAGGUAGAAAACAGACGGAGGAGAUCGAGUCUGGACAGAAGUUCGGGGAGGAGGACCUGAUCUGUGGGUCGUCCCGGCGCGCAACUGUGCUCUCCAAGGACGACGUAGAGAUCCUCUACCUCCACAGAUUCGAUUACAGGGUCAUCUUCAACAUGUCUUCAGACAAUUGUGAUCCGAAAAAUUUGGAUAUAUGCAAGAACGACGCCGUGUUCCAGCACUUCCCGAUGCAGAAACUGUUGGACAACCCCGGCACAUGGAGCGCCCUCAAAUACAAGUACGGACGACUCAUUGUGAAAGACAGCAAUGACAUUGAAUGGAUUUACGUAAUAAAAUCGGGCGAGGCGCGCGUGUUGAAACACCUGGAGCCGGGGCGGGUGGAUGUCAAGGCGCGCCGGAAGAAGAUCCAGCAGCAGAUGGAGGAACAGUCUUCCUACCACAAGAAGAAGAAAAUACUCGACUUUGUCGCCGACGGAACAGGUCGUAAGUCCUGCUAUGCCCCAAGAAACUACCAUCCUAGCACGAUACGACGUGCCACUAUCCCAACAGCGGCAGCUCCUGCCCACCGGAAUUGCCACUCAGACCACACCGGCAUCGACUACCGUCUCCGCAGCCAAUCUGCAUUCCCGGGUCAGCGGGUUUCCGUGUCGAUCGGAGGCAGUGGACCGCCGACGCGGCCCAUGACAACCCAGCCUUCCGUCCGCCACGAAUCAUUGGAUGAGGACGUGGGUGACAAACCGGAAGCGACGGAGGAUACCUCGAUCGAAGUAAUCGUCACACACAACAUCGAAGUAGUCGUGGAGGACGAACACGAAGGUUCGUCGACUACGAAGACAAAAAGCAACGCGUCUGAGAGUGGCGGACUGAGGCGAAGUAAGCAGGCUGUCGGUUUGCCGGUAGAGGAAGGCAUGGCGCUGCCACCCUUCGUGCAGAUAGAAACACUUCACCCCGGACACACUUUUGGUCUGCGGUCUUGUUUAGAGCACGACGAAAGAGGGCCUUCCGUAAGCUUGGUGAGCGGGGACUGUGAGGUGUUAGCCAUCAACAAGAAGUUCUUCAUGAAGCACUGUGACGACGCCCUCUUUAGUCUCAUAAGACUAAAGGCGAAGGCGUUCCCGACACAGACAGAGCUUGUGGAUCGGCUGGACGCCAACAUGCAAUGGGAGGAGUUUAAACAGGAAACACUCAAGUACUUCCUGCAGCGCCGCACCCGACACGCUAGAUAGGAGACACUAGUUGGGGACGGGACUUACAGUGGGUGACUAGUAACAGGGACAGGACUAUUAAAAAGGACUCAAACUUGGACGGGGAUGGGACAAUAUGAACAAUUCCUUAAGUGCCUCGUUUAAAAUGCUUGUUGAAGACUAGUAGAAACAGCCCUAUCGUAGAAAUGAGUGAGCGAGCAUCUUGGUUGGGUUUUUCUUAUGAUAUCACUAAAUAAGGCAAGCCUGCACGUGGAGACGACUAGCUUAGUGAUGUAUCGUCACAUAUGGUAAAACAAGUGCUAUUUUACGAGAUCGGGUGAAGCUGUGUCAUUGUUGGAUAUACCAUUGUACAGAACUUGUUGAAUCAUUUGAUGUUCCAUUCUUCAUCACUAUUUUUCAGUGCAUGCCAUGUGUAUAUCAUUGAUUAUUAUUAUGUAAUUAGCGUACCUUGUAUAGAACGACAGUCGUCUGUAAUAGGAGAUAAAGGUAAAUGUGGUAGAGGCUCAUCUAGGAGAGUUGCGUUGACAGUGUUAAAUUUAUUGUAUUCCAAAUCUUUAACGGAAUAAAGAAUUUU